UUCCACCGAUGUGAAACGUAAACAAAGAUGGCGACGAGGAAGGACUUUGCAGCUGUUGUAGAAAGAAAUUCGUGUUCUAGCACAGCUAAAUUCAGAAAUAUUCAACCGAGAUAUAAACCUUACGAUACCAAAAGACCGAAGGGCCGAAGCGGUCAUUGCAUGUGCGCCGAUGACUCAGAUAUAUAUGUUUUCGGAGGCUACAGUCCUAUGGAUGACAGAAAUGGAGUCCGACAAAGUAGAGUCCUUCCAGAGUUAUGGAGGUUUAACUUUGCCAGUCAAAAAUGGAGCAAAGUUGCAUCAGACAACACACCAUGUACGUGUGCUUCAGCCUCAAUCCUUGUUCAUAAUAAAAAGGUGUUUGUAUUCGGUGGAACUGGCUACCCUUUCGGACAAAUCAUGAGUAACACUAUAAAGACACUGAACCUUGCCCAUCGCUCUUUGCCAGCUGCAGGGGAGGGUCAUAGUACAGGGGUUAAGACGAAAUACCUGUGGCAGCUCCUUGAAACCAGCCCCAUGUCUUACAGUGGUGGCGGAGAAGUCGAGGAUUCCACUCCUCCACCGGCAUACGGACAAAGUUUGUUACUUCACAGAGAUGCUAUUUAUGUGUUUGGUGGCGCCAUUGGUUACUAUUCAGAAGCUGUUUCCGAUUUGCACAAGCUUAAUUUGCACACUAUGAGUUGGGAAAAGCUUCGACCAACUGGAAAAGUUCCAAGUGGGAGGUACAAGCAAGAAGUAGUGCAGUAUGAUGACAAAUUGUUUGUUUUGGGUGGUGGUCGUCUUCAUUAUGCAGAGAGCCUGGAUAAAAUCUAUGCCUACGACUUGAUCAACAACCACUGGACGGAAGUUGUGACUUUGCCUGAUCCCAUGAAUGGCUAUCCUAGGCCACGAUGCAGCUUUGGAUGUGCACAGGAGGGGUACAAUGUAUACAUUAGUGGUGGACGGUAUUACAGCACUGACAUUGAACACAAAUCUCUCUCAGACGUUUGGCAUCUGCGCCUUGACACCCUGCAAUGGAAGAAACUACGAAUGCGUCUUCCUGAGUCUUUAUACUUCCACAAUGCAAUAGUUUCACCCUCUGGCCACAUGUAUGUUUUUGGCGGUGUUCAUAGGGAUGGUUACAGAGCCCCGUACCUGUACAAAAUACGACUGCCCAACUCAAUGCCAAAGCUGUCUGAGAUAUGCUGGGAGAAAGUGUGUGUGAUGUCGCGCGCAGCCAAAGUGAUGACACCCGGACAUUUGACGGAGAUGGGCGUGCCCUGGAAUCUGUCAGAUAGGCUUCAUGUGCCAUAAAUCUGUGCCACUCAUGUGGUCUUUUGUUCACAUAAAAGGCCAUCAUAAUAUAUAACAACAGUGAUAUUAUCAAUAACCUUAUAAGAUAUUGAUCGCAAAAGUUGAAAAGGUGCUAUUGACCCCCUUUAAUAAAAGUUGAUCACACCUUUUUCUUUAUGCCAUCAAUAUAUAACUCUUUAUUUCUGUUUUAAAUCAUGUUUCGUGUACAUAUCACAUUUUUGUUUACAAACUCUUUUAAUUGUUUUACCUGAGCAAUAUGUGUAUUUUUCUAGGUCAAAAGUAAACUUGAGUGAGUUCUGUCAGCAUUAAAAUCGCAUCGUACACUUUAAGCACAUUUAAAGUGUAUUUUUGUUUAUGAAAUUUGGUAAGAAUAAUGCACUUAAAACUAUGGUGCCAAUAACACUGCGUUUCAUGCGCAUUAAUUACACUUUCUUUUGAAAAGGGUAACACAGUUCUCUUUUGUGAAAGUGUAAGCGGUUGUUGUUACUGUCGUUGUUGUUGCAAUCAUGUAUAUUUAAGUCUAUAUACAAUUAUUUCAUACGUGUUCAAGUGUGUCAUUCAGUUUUAUAUUUUAUAUAGCAUGAACAUUGUGCUUUCGUAGUCUAUUUUUAAAUAUUUUUUUUUAUAAUAUCACAAUGAAUUAGGACUCUUUUUGUUAAACAUGUUUUAUUAGUAUACACAUAUUAGAUAUAUAUUUUAAUUAUAUGGCAUGUGAUAAAUACUGCACAUUGUUUAUAUGGGCAAUUUAACUUCUCUGUAUUUUUUUUAAUUGACAGUUCAGUCAAUGUCAUUCAUAGCUUUUAACUUUAAAUUCAAAUUAGAUUUGGAAUAUAAUUAUUUGCACAUCCAUUCUGACUGUAAUUACCUGUAACAUGGUACAAGAACCUUUAUCUAAAGUUGGGUAUAUGACAACAGGAAACAUAAGCUUAUUUGAAGAAUUUUUCAACAUGAAUAGCAUACAUUACCCUAUUAUAAGAAUGAACUGGUGACCUGGAAAUAAAAGCAUAUAGUUUCAAAAUAGUACAAUAUUGGAAAAAGUGUUUACCAAAGUAAUUCUAAUUAUAUUCAUGCGAACAAUUACAAAAAGUACAAUGGAUUAGACAGUGUAUACAAUGAAAGCAUCUAGUGUUCAAGUUGACACUCGCAUGGUUCAACUAGUUCACAAACCACUGUAUGGUUAGUUCUUCCAAGAGUAUAAAUUAAGGAUAAUAAUAGUUUACAUUUUUUUCUUUUUCAUAACGGUAGUAUAGAUUUUACUGUAUUGUUUGAACCCCUACAUUAAAUGGUUGGAAUGUUGAAUUCAGAUCUAUUCCCUAAGUAUGCUAUUUAUGAUGCAAUGUAUUUAAAGAAUGUUUAUACAGAUUAUUGACAUGUUUAUACAAUGGGGGAUUUGACAGGUGAUUUACUGCAGUGUUGUGAUAAACACCUGCCCCUGGGGUAUCUCAUUGUUAGGGGAUUGCCCUGUGUAUUUGGUGUAUUAACGGUAAUUGGUUGGAACUUGUCCUUCAACAACUUGAGGGAACUUGUUCUUUGUCAAACCAUAUUUCUCUUGUAACUGUUUCUUUAAAACACUACCCGACACACUUUCAGACUGCCAAAAAAACAUGCUUUGUUAUGUAAAAAAUAGUUUGAGGAUAGAUAAUUGCUACAAUUUCUAAACAGGAGAUCUCAUAUUAUAUGCAAAAUUUAAAUAUAAAGAAGUAGCCUAACAUGUCAUGAUGUCUGCUGAAGUAGAAAAGAUGUUAUAUUUCAAUAAUUUUGUCCAAAAAAAAUCUCUUAUUUUGAAAGAUAUUAAUUAUUUUGUAGCUUUUUGGGCUACUCGUAGCUUUAACCUUGAUUAUGUAACUCCAUGUGAUCUAUUCUACUAACACAUUUUUAAUAUCAGUUGAAUCAAGUUAAAACAUCUCAUGUGUAUUUUUUUGGUUUUUACAAAUUUAAUAUCAUGAUUCCAUUGUCUUCCAGAAAAAUAGACUUGCAAGAAUUUUAAUUUUCCAAUGCUUUAGAUUCAAAGAACAUUCCUGACCCCAGGGAUUUUGACAAAUUGCUCCAGGGAUGGGAUUUGGAUAGCAAAAUUAGCAGUUUGUCUCAAUCACCUGUGUGUGCCCGCCAGCCCUGGGGCAUCAGAACAUUCAAAUUUGCAUUAACAACUGAGUUUUGUAUAAAAAAUGUUUACAUAAUUUUUUACACUGAAUCAUUAAUGAUUAAAUAAUGACUGUAACCUCAAAUAAUAAUCUUUUUCAGUAGAUUUUUUUCAAAUAUAUGAUAACAUUUUAAUUGGUGUUCGUUCUAGUCAUUCCUGAACUAAUCCUCAUUAACACCUUUUAAAUGAAACUAUUUUUUACAUGAGCCUAGUCCUUCCUAUACAACUUGGCCUUCAUCUUUUUUGACACCCUAUGAGUUAUGAUGUCAUGUUUUUUUUUCAAUAUUGAGCUCCAAUUAGAUUAGUGCAACGCAAUUUAACCAAUGAUAUAGGACGUAACAAAUGAAAGCUAUUCCUUUAAACCAUCUUAGUUUGUUGAUUCAAUUACUCUGAGAAAAAAUACUCAAUUACAGAAGACACUGCUACCGGGUAAUUUUUAAUCGUAAUGAACACGUUUUUAAAAUAUAAAUAUAUCAUAAUUUUCUUGCGUUAAUGCUGUAUAAACACGUUAGGGAAGGGGAUUGAAUUACCAUGAAAGUGUUUGCACCCUUAAUGGAAUUUGCUCGUGUCCCAUAAUACUUUCAAACAGCAUAAAUGCAAGAAAAAUUGUGAAUUUUUUGACAACUUUAUUAUUUUCUGUCUUGGAACAUGCCAAUUUUUGCCAAAAUGUAUGGACAAAAAAAUAGAUCGCAGAUUUUAAUAUUAAAGUUUAAAUUUGAUGUUUUAUGCAUUUUUCUUAAACCGUUGAUAACGGUUUAUGCCAUAAAACAUUAAAUUACCGAACAGAAAUAUGAGAAUCUGCAAUCUGAUCUUUUGUCAGCAAUCUUUUAUCAUUGGUUUGCAGAUAUUUACACAAAAAUUUGUUCUUUCUAAGACAAAAAAUAAAAAAAGUUGUAAAAACAGUAUAUCUGUGAGAGUGCAGCUUUAAUAGGCAGCAGCUGUUCUGUUGAUGCUUGACUCAGAUGAAUGUUUUAUAUUUGUACUUGAUAUUGUUAAUGGAUUGAUGCAGUAUAUUUUAACCUGCCCAUUUAUUGUGUGGUGUAUAUGUAUAUGUUAGUUACUGGCCAUCAGGCUAUGCCGUUGUAGGCAUAGUUUCUUUAUGGUCAGAUUGUUGUAUAUUUUUUCAACAGAGUAUUAAACUUGUUAUGAAACAA